AUGUGGAACUACAUCUUCGGCGGCAACAAGCAGCAGAAAAAGGAGUUGCCGAAGAAGGCAAUCGUCGAGUUGAGAGAGCAUAUUCAGAUGCUCAACAAGAAACGCAGUCAUCUAGAAUCCCAGAUUGAGGACCAGGACAAGCUUGCCCGGAAGCAUAUUGCCACCAACAAGGCUCUUGCCAAAAAUGCAUUGAAGCGCAAGAAGGGCUAUGAAACAAAUUUGAUGAAGAUAGAAAACCAGAUUGACUCGUUAGAAACUCAGUUGACUGCCAUUGAGGGCGCCAACUUGAACUUGGAGACCAUGAAGGCCAUGAAGCAGGGCGCCCUGGCCAUGAAGCAAAUACACGGCGAGUACGAUGUUGACAAGGUUGAGAACACCAUGGAUGAUAUCCGGGAACAGGUUGAAUUGGCGGAUGAGAUAUCCGAGGCCAUCUCACGUCCUGUGGGAGGGGAAUACGUGGACGAAGACGAAUUGGACGAGGAGUUGGCAGCUUUGCAAGAAGAGGAGCAGGAAAGCAAGCAAAAGAAUACUCCAACCAAGACUCCAGCACAGAAGGCUCCUGCGGCCGAGGAGCCGGAACUCCCCAACUUCCCUACCGUGAACAAGAACAAGCCCGAGGAGGAGGACGAGGACGAAGAGGCAUUGAAGGCAUUGCAAGCCGAGAUGGGCUUGUAUUUCGACCAUGUUGGGCCUGGCAUGUACAGUAAGGUGAAAGAAGAAGACAAGAAGCAGGUGGCAUGGACCUCCAGUCAUGACCCAGUGUCAAGAUCUCCUUUCGUUAAAGACGUGGUUCAUCUUCAUUCCUUACUCGAUGCGCUCUUAGCAUCCAAGAGUUUUGAGAGAGCUGACAACAUUCUAGAAACGCUCUUCGUCUUACUUGAGCAGCCAGAAAACAUCGUGAACCCUUUGAACAAAUACUUGGAAGUGUACGCCGCUGAAGAGUCUACAUCUAUUGAAGAUGUGGAAGCUUAUCUCCAGAAGGCUCUCAAAAGGUUUUCUAUUCAGCCUAAUGAGAGAACUUACGCAGUGCUUUUGGGGAAGAGUUUGAGCUCGCCAGAGCAUUUCGACAAAUGGCUCAACAAGGCCAAGAAGAACCGUUCUUUGUUCCGCAACAUGCUCAACAACGUGGAUGUCAUCACGGUGGACGGGCUCACAAGAAUUUUUCAAGACCCCACACUCAAACAGCUGCAGGUACCUGAUGAUUUAGUCCCCGUAUUCAACGAGGUGAGAAAUCCCGGAGAUAUCACAGAGGAAGAUGUCGUGGAAGAAGUCCCUGAAUACUUUGCAAAGGAUAAUGUUGAUGCUCCUUCUUUGAAGAAAGAUGGUGCAGUCGAGUUACGCCCUGUUAACUCUUUCGGUAUCAAGGUCGUAAGACAUUCUCUUCUCGGUCUUGAAUCUGACGGCAUCGACCUUGAGCAGUUCUUCAAGGACCUCGAUAGCACUUUGGGCUCGCAUGUGCUUCACAACGUCUCCGGUUCCAAGAUAAAUUGUCACGAAUUCUACAAGCAGCUCAAGAACCCAGAGGCUAAGGAGAAGUUCAAUCGCAUUUUAGACGCUUAUAACGAGAAACGUCAGAGAGACUUGGAGGUGAAGGGACUCGAGGGCGCUCGUGCCAAGUGGGACCAUGAGUUCAAUACCCUCAAUCAGAGAGGAGAGAUCUCCAUGAACAAGAACCUUAACGUGCAACUUUACAAGUGGUACUCGGACAUGCUACCUUAUAUUGAAGAGGAGCACAAGCUAUGCCAGAACGUACUCAACGGCAAUAUUCCCACCCUGGACAAGAACGAUCAAGAAAUGGUUGACAGAGCGUUUUACGCCCCAUACUUUGUCCUUCUUUCUCCAAAGACUCUUUGUCUUAUUGUCAUUUUUGAGUUGCUCAAGCUCAACAACACAGGUGGUAUUGCCGAUGGCAUGCGUACAGCUAGAGCGAUCUUGGCUGUUGGUCGUGCUGUCGAGCUCGAGUACAAGUGCCAGCAUCUCAUGAAGACCGACAAGAAGUUCGCUCAGAAGAAGGGUCUUAGCUCCAACCAAUUGAAGAAACUCCUUAAGAGAAGAAAUAUCGACUCAUCUUCCUUUGAUGCGGAGUGGACUACGACCUUGUACGCUAAACUUGGCUCUGUGUUGGCAAUGCCUCUUUUGCAGGUCGCCAAAGUCCAAGUCAGCGGCACUGAUCCUGCCACAGGUAAACCUGUCAAGGGCCUUCAGCACGCCUUCCACCAUACAUACCAGGUUAGUCAGGGUAUGAAAGUUGGCGUCAUCAAAUUGCACAAGAAUCUUAUUAAGCAACUUGGCGGAAAAACUUUCCAAAACUCUGUGCAGCCAUCGUAUCUUCCGAUGUUGUCCCCACCAAGACCAUGGACUGCUCACAAUAGCGGUGGAUACUUGUACAACUCUACCAACUUAGUGAGAAUCAAGGACUCUGCAGAGAACAUUGCAUACGUCAAGGCUGCAUCCGAUGCCCAUGAUUUGGAUGAAGUCUACAAGGGAUUGAAUAUCUUGGGUGAAACCGCAUGGACGGUGAACUCCAAGGUUCUUGACGUGAUCUCUCAUUAUUGGAAUACUGGAAAGAAAUUCUUGGACAUUCCUCCCGUUGUUGAGGACCCCAAGUUUACCGAACCUCCUCCACCAAACGCAGAGCCUUCUGUGAGAACAGAAUACAUCAACAAAGUAAAGAGCAUCAUGAGUGAACUGGCGGGUCUAAGAUCUCAGAGGUGCGACCUUAACUACAAGUUAGAGAUUGCAAGAGGUUUCGUCGGUGAAAAGAUGUUCUUCCCACACAGUGUUGAUUUUAGAGGCAGAGCUUACCCAAUUUCACCUCACUUUAACCAUUUGGGUGGUGAUGUGACAAGAUCACUCUUCUUGUUCUGGGAGGGUCAGGAAGUUGGAGAGCGUGGUCUUAGAUGGUUGAAGAUCCACCUUGCAAACCUCUACGGUAAAGAUAAAGCCCCUCUUGACGAGCGUGUGAAGUUUGCCGAGGAGAACAUGGAUAAAAUUUUCGAAGCAGCGAAAGAUCCUAUUGCUAAUGAGGAAUGGUGGACAAAAGGUGAGAAACCAUGGCAGGUUUUGGGAGUCUGUUUCGAAUUGUACGAGGCUCACAAACUUGAGGAUCCAACCAAGUUCGUUUCUUACAUGCCCGUUCAUCAAGACGGUACUUGUAACGGUUUGCAACAUUAUGCAGCAUUGGGUGGUGACAUUGGAGGUGCUCAGCAGGUCAACUUGGUUCCAGCAGACAGACCACAGGAUGUUUACGCUCACGUUGCCGGUUUGGUUGAAAAACGUUUAGAAGCUGAUGCCGAAGCAGGUGACGAACGUGCCAUUUUUUUCAAGGGCAGAAUUGCUAGAAAGGUUGUCAAGCAAACUGUCAUGACAAAUGUUUACGGUGUCACCUAUGUUGGUGCCGUUGCUCAGAUUGAAAAGCAGAUCACUCACAUGUUUGACAACGACGUCACCUUGAGUGAUCUUUCCAAGUACUCUCGUUACUUGACUACCCAGGUUUUUGCAUCGAUGAGAGAAUUGUUCGAACGUGCACACUUGAUUCAAGACUGGUUGGGAGAAGCUGCUAAGCGUAUUUCCAAAUCUGUUAGAGUUGACUUUGAAGCGGACCCCAAGGAUGCCAACAAGCCUCAUCAUAUGUCUUCCGUCAUUUGGACGACCCCUCUUGGUUUGCCAUGUGUCCAGCCUUAUAGAACUGAUAAGUCAAGAUUGGUGAAGACGACUUUGCAAGACAUCAUCAUUUCGGAUCCAUUUGCAGUUUCUCAAGUUGAUGCUAGAAAGCAGCAAGCAGCAUUCCCUCCCAAUUACGUUCAUUCGUUGGACGCCACUCAUAUGUUGAUGACUGCUAAAGCAUGUGGUACUGACGGCCUUUCUUUCGCUGCUGUUCACGAUUCUUACUGGACUCAUGCUCGUGACGUUGAUUUGAUGAACAAGCAUAUUAGAGACCAGUUUGUGGAGAUCCAUCAAGAGGACUCGAUUCAAAAGUUGAAGGACGAAUUCGAGAGACGUUACAAGGGCUUCUUACAAGUCAUGACUGUUCCUCACGAACAUGAUGUUGCUAUCAAAGUGAAGGAUGUGAGAAGAAAGAUUGUUCAAAAACUUGGUAGGGCACUCACUAUCGCCGACGAGCUUUAUCUCGAAAAGAAAAGGCAAGAGUUGCUCAACUCUGAAAACCCUGAAGAGGUCGAACAGGGCAAAAAUCUCGAAACCACUGUCAGUGUCACUGAGGGUUACGAUUUGCAUAAUGCUGGCCUUACUACAUCGCCGCAAUACUCCUUCCAGUUCCUUGCGCCGCUCAAAUUCCCCGAGGUUCCAGCUAAGGGCGAUCUUGACGUGAAGGUUGUGAGAGACUCGCAAUACUUCUUCUCCUGA